AUUUUUCUAAAAAAGUAAUGUGCUAUUUCAAAGGCCAUAUGGAGGAAUAUGAUAUUACUUUACUUGAUCUAGAUCCCAAAAAAUUACCAAGUGAAUGUGAGGUAAUAAUUUAUACUCGAUUUCAAAUCACCGAAUUGUCUCGAUUAGAUGUAGAUGAAGAACUCCUAAAAAAUGUGACAGAUACAAAUAAACCCGUAAUCAUGAGACUUUAUCGAACAGAUUGGUAUGAUGAUUGGUCUACAGUAUUGAGUUCUAACGGUAAUUCUAAAGAUGCCAAGAUCUUAUGUGAUUUUGCAAAAAAAAAUAAAAUUAAAGGUUAUCUCAUAAAAGCAAUUGCUCCACAAGAAACUUCAGGUUAUUCAGCAUUUAAUAAAAACAUCGGAAAAAAUAUUAUACCUUACAUAAAGCAAUUAAAAGAAUGCGAUCUAAUUAUUGGUGUUACUAUAAAUCCAGCUCCAUCAGCAAUACAAAACCCUUGCAUCUAUAAUUAUGAAGAAUUGAAUGAAAUAGUAGAUUUCUAUGAAGUAGCAACUUAUUUCAUGAAUAAAUGCAAUCCAAAUUUGUAUAAUGGAAGGACUCCAAUUACAAAAAGUGAGCACGGUCCUAACUAUCUCUAUGGAAUGGAAGAGGUGGCAUCAUAUAUAAAGAAAUCGAAAAUAUCUCAAGAUAAACUAGCUUUUGCUGUCGAAUUGUUUCCAGCUAGCAAUUCAACAAAAUAUAAUUCAUAUACACAAGUGUGUACAGGACAAUUUGAUAAUUCAUCUUGGUGUGUACAAACAUCUAGAAAUCUAUAUGAUAAGGGAAAAUUUGUACGUAAUCUAAACAGUGGUAUUCUUAUCGAGUAUCCGGAGUAUGAUGACAUUAACAACGACUGUGGUUGUAAUUCAACGUUUAAUGGAUUUAACAACAUAAUUGGCGGCUUCAAAAGUGGUCAACUAUCACCAUGUCAGAAUUUUGACGUUCAAUCAACUUCAUAUACACUUAAAUAACCAGCUGUUAACUCAUUAGCUGUUAGAGUAAUAUAAAAGUUUAUUCAAAUUUUAAAUCGUUUUUAUCGUGUUUCUAAUUUUCUCUACACCAAAAUUCAAAUUUUUUUUAAACUCAUAGACAUGUUGUUUAUGGUUUUAGUUUCGGAUACGCUAAAAUACAGAAUUUAAACCUAUUCUAAAUGUAUUAUAACUUAUAAUA